UUGCAUGAUGUUUGGUCAACCAGGAAAUCCUUCUUUUGGAUUCAAUGCAUCUGCACAAAAUAGUCCAUUUGGACAAUCAGCUUUUGGUAAAACUAUUGCAACUACAAGUUUUGGAACUAGUGCCCCACCAGUUUUUGGAAGUAACACAUCUCUCUUUAGUUCAAAACCAGCAGGUUCGACUUCUGGUAAUUUAUUUGGAAAUACAACUACUACUCCAACUUUUGGAGCAAGUACUGCAACACAGUCUUCAUUUGGAGGGUUUGGUGGGACAAAUACAAACUCUACAUUAUUUGGAGCACAACAAAAUGCAAACACAAAUCUUUUUGGAACUAGUAAUUCAACACCAGCUUUUGGUCAGACUAAUAAACCUGCAACAUUUGGAUUUGGACAAGCAACUGGAACUAGUCUUUUUGGUCAACCACAACAACAAGUAACACAGCAAACUACACCCUUUGGCCAAACAACAGCCUCUGGAAAUACAGGACUUUUUGGAACAACUUCAGGAUUUGGUACUGCAAAUAAUGUUACUGGAAUUUCUGGAACAUUAGUCAAGUUUAGCCCUGUCACUGGUACUGAUACAAUGGUUAAAAAUGGAGUAACGCAAACUAUCUCUACACGACAUCACUGUAUAACAUGCAUGAAUGAAUAUGAAUCAAAAUCUUUGGAAGAAUUACGUUUAGAAGAUUAUACGGCUGGACGCAAAGGUGUCACACAAGGACAAUCUCAUACAAUAUUUGGUACAGCUACACAGGGAUCUCCAUUUGGCAAUGUCGGAUCUAAUAGUAAUAUUGCAAACUCUGGAUUUGGAGCAAUAACAGGUGGAUUUGGUAAUGCAAAUCAAUCCGGUAAUACUGGACUAUUUUCUAAACCUAUAGCAAGUUUUGGUGUUCCUUCUACUACUUCAAGUGCUUUUGCCUUUAAUUCAACAACGUCUUCAAGUCUCUUUAAUGCUCAAUCUAAGCCAUUUGGAGCUACAGCAGCAACACCUUUGUUUGCAGCUAAUAAUACAACCUCCACACCAGGAAGUGCCUUUGGAAAUAUAAAUACUCAGAAUACUGGAUUUGGCACAACUUUUAGCUCUGGUCAACCAAAUCAAAGUAUAGGAUUAUACGCUCAAAAUAAACCUGCUUUUAAUAUGCCGUUAUCAACUUCAUCAAAUUUUGCAUUUGGUCAAUCAUCAACAACAAACACUACCAACUUAUUUGGCACAAAACCAAUUGGAACUGGCUUUGGAACAGCUUUUGGUGGCACAGUAACUUCUCCACUACAGGGUGGAAAUACAGGGUUUGGAUCUGUAUCAAACUCAAAUCCAUCACUUUUUACUAAUUCUUUUAAGCCUGCAGGGCAAUCAGCCGGUUUUACUUUCGGUAACGCUUCGAGCAUUGCUUCUACAGGAUUAGGCUCUUCUGGAACUUCAUUGUUUAAUACUUCAACUAAACCCAAUCUUUUUGGUAAUGCUGGUACUACUACAAGUUUUAAUACUACAGGAACCUUUGGAUCCUUACAAAACUUUGGAUCUGCUGGUAGCACAGUUUCAGGACUUGGUACAAAUUUAUUUGCACCUGGAAUGUGCAUUAAUAAUGUUCACCAUAACACUGGUCCAGUACCUGUUCACCAACAAAUUUUAGCAUUGGUUUCAGCACCAUUUGGAGAUUCGCCUUUAUUAAAAAAUCUGUUACCUGCAUCAGGAAAAAGUGAGCAGUUUUUAAAACCAUCAAAUACUGUGACUAAAGCCUUAAACAAUCCACAUUACAAGAUAAUAACAAAUAACAAUGCUACAAAAUUGAAACCUAAACUUGUUACAUGUGUUCCUUUGUCAAAGAAAUCUGUUUUCGAUGGACUUGAGGAUGAAGAUCCAUUAUUAGAGGCAUUUCAACCUCGACCAAAUACAAAGCGUUUAGUGUUGAGGCCAAAAUUAAACACGUUAAUUGAUCAAUCUGAUAAAAGUUCGAAAACUGAUUGUAAAAAUAAUUUAGCUCCUGUUAAUCAACAAACUGAUAAAGAAAAUAAAAUUGAAGAAACUAAUAGACUUCCAAGUGAUCGACGAUCUUCUAAUUCUUGGUUAAAAACUAGUUUUCCGCGAAAAUCCAAAAUUAUCGAUGAAGAAUUCUCUGAUCAACUAACUGGAUAUUCAUCUACAUCUGAAUUACCAACAGCAGCAAUAGAAUUGGAAAAUACAGUUACAGAACUACGAUCAGCAAUAAGAUCUGAAAAUGAAUCAAAUAUACUAAAUAAUUUACCAAUAACAGGGAUAGCAGAAUUUAAUACUGCUACAGAUAAAAGUAGUCAUGAUUCAAGCAUUUAUGAAAGUCAAGCAUCUGAAACUGAUGAAAUAUCAAACUUGAUACAGCUAGAUGAGUCAACGAAUAAAGCUAACAUAAAACUUCAACGUUAUGGAUAUUACACAAUUCCAUCUCUCGAUAUCUUAUACAAAUAUGCUAAUGAUAAAACUUGUAUUGUACCUCAUUUUACAAUUGGUCGUAAAGGCUACGGUAAUGUUUAUUUUCCAGAUUCUUUUGAUAUUUAUGGAUUAAACUUAGACGAAAUAGUUCACUUCAGGCAUAAAGAAGUUAUAAUUUACCCAGAUGAUAAUGUGAAACCUCCUAUUGGACAAGGAUUGAACCGAAAGGCUCAAGUAACAUUGGAUCGUGUUUGGCCUCAUGAUAAAUCUUGUCACGAACCUAUUACUGAUCCAAAACGUUUAAUUGAAAUGGAUUAUGAAGGAAAAUUAAGAAGGGUUUCUGCUAAGCAUGAUACAAGAUUUUUAGAAUAUAGACCUGAAACAGGUUCAUGGGUUUUCAAAGUAGAUCAUUUUUCUAAAUAUGGUUUAAGCGAUUCUGACGAUGAUGAACCUACUCUUGAAAUGAAUCCGGAUUUAAAGAAAAUAAAAAAUGAUUAUAAAAGUAAUGAUAAAUUAUGUGGCAAAAAUACUACUGAAAAUAUUCAAUAUGUAGAAUCAGAUGUACAAAAUUUAGAUAAUGAAAUUAUUUCAUGUAAUUUUAUGCUACGACAGUCUAAUGAUGAUUCCGAAAAACAAUCAUUCUGUAGUCCUACUACAGUACAUGCUCAUCUUGUGGGUACCGAGAGUCAUAAAUUGCAAUUAAUGAAAGCCAGUUUUUUUGAAUUAGUUCAUGAUGACUUAGUUGAAGAUGAACUUGACCAUGAAAACAAGAAAUGGUUUAUUGGACAGAAUAAACAAAGUACUGGAAACAAUGACAAUGAUAUUGAAUUUCAAGAAAAUACUAUAAAUUGUUCCGUUCUUCAAUCAAUAGCACGGCCAUUUAAUCAUUCAAAUUCUAAAUCCUUAAUAAAUAAAAAGUUUGAAUUAAAUAGAGAUUUAAACAAUUUGAACGAAGAAAUAAAAUCCAAAAAGCUAUUAGUUAUACCUAACGUGUGUCCUAAAGUUACUGUUUUAAAAUAUCGACCGGGAAUUACACCCUUCAAUCGUUUUUUAAAAAACGAGAAUCGAUUUAAGUGUAUAGCUGAUAUUGGUAUUCAAAUGGGUAAUAUUUUUAGACCCAGUUGGGGACCGCAAUUAACGUUAAUAUCAUUAAGUACACAACAACAUGCUGCAAAAAUUUGUCUGUAUAAUACAGUUGAUCAGUUAGGAUCAUACAUAAAUGGUCGUCAAUUUGAUGAUUUUACGUCAACGACUAUUGUACAGCGCCUUCAAAUACUUGGAGGUAGUAAUUUGGAAAAUAAUUAUAUUCAGGCGUUUAAGGCAACUAUAGAAGGGCACUUGGAUAUUCAACUUCAAUAUUCAAAUAUUGAAGAAUUUCAAGGUAUUCCAAUCAUAACAGCAGCUACAGGCGAAUCAAGUACAUUUGCUCUAAAUGCUCAUAAAUCUCUUUCCCAAAAUAUUGCAAGUCAUUUAAAAUCAGAUUCAUUAAUAGGAUACUUUUGUGAUGUGUUGUGUCUCUGUGAAUCGUUAUGGGGCAAAUUGACAGAUUCUCACCAUUUUGACAAUAAUAGCCAUGAAAUAGUAAUGUUACGAAAAGACGCUUUUAGUGAAUGGUUAAAACUUGUAACAGGAAAAAUUGUCCAACGAGAAAUGGCAACAAUGGAAACAAAUGAUCAAAUAAUUUUUUCAUUACUAAGCGCAAAUAAAUUAAAGGAAGCUUGUAAUGAAGCAUUAAAAGUAGGUGAUCAUUGCCUUGCACUUCUGUUAUCUCAAUUAAGUGGAAAUCUAGCAACACGUGAAUUAAUUAAACAGCAAAUAAAACUUUGGCAAAAUACUAAUGUUGAUAGAAAUCUUACAACACAUCGAUUGAAAUUGUUUAUGUUAGUAGCUGGCAUACCUAUUAUUUGUAGUAAUAAUGAAACCAUUAAUGUUUGUGAAAAUUUGGAUUGGAAACGUUCUAUGGCAAUUCAUUUAUGGUACAUUUCUCAUCCCACAGCUUCUAUCACGGAUGUUUUAGAUCUUUAUGAAGCUUCAUUUUUAGCAACACCAACAACGAAAUAUACUAAAACUCCUCGACCCGAAUAUUUUGAGAAUGAAUUUAAAACUGAAAAUAUCAAUGGCAAAAAAAUAUAUGAUUUAUGCUAUCAUUUAUUGAAACUUUAUUGUACAGGAAAUUAUUCAUUGGAAGCAAUAUUAAAUCCUCAAACUUAUACACAUGAUCCCCUUGAUUAUAGAUUAAGUUGGUUAUUAUUACAAUCACUAAAUGCAUUAGGAUAUAUGCAUAUAUCUGAACACGUUGUUGAUCUAAUACAUGCUAAUUUUGCAACACAAUUAGAAACAUUUGAUCUCUGGCAUUGGGCUGUUUUUGUUGUUUUACAUUUUAAAAAUCCUGAUGUAAGAUAUAAAGCUGUAAUAGAUUUACUUCUCCGUAAUGUAAAAUUGGAAAAAACGCCUGACUAUAUUGAACGCGAAACUUUUUUAAAAACAAAAUUAAAAGUACCAUUGAAGUGGAUAAAUCAUGCCAAAGCUAUUAAAGCUUGCUCAAUGAAGAGGUAUGGAGAAGCCGCGUGGUAUUUUAUUCAUGCUCAGAAUUGGAAUAAAGCCCAUGAAAUUAUUAUGGAACAUCUAGCUACUGAAGCUAUCAUUAACGAAAAUCACGAAUAUUUACAAUCUUUAUUAAACCUAUUGCUAAAUACUAAUUGUUACAAUUCAAUAAGUGGGUGGGCUCAUCAAGGUCAAUUACUUUUGGAUUAUUUAAUAAUAACUACCGAAGUAACAGAGUUAUUGAAUAAUGGAAAUAUUUCAGAUAUAGGUUAUAAACUAGAAUUAUUACAACCACAAUUAACUUCUCUCUGUACCAAAAUAACAGCAUUUCCAUGCCCCACGACAAAACACAGACUUUGUCAAGCUGAAAUGGCAAAGCGAACAUUGCAGUUAGCAAGGAGCUUAUUAAUAUUGCAAUCCAAUGAAGAUAACACUAGUAAUUUUUUUGUUAAUUUAAUUUCUCAGUUGCCUUUACCAGAGGAUUAUGUUCAACAAGAACUUCGACCAUUUAUUAGUAUUUGUGCUAGAAAUAUUAUACAAUAAUUAAGUUAUUAUAAAUUUUUUUAGAUU